AUGCCAUUGCUCAAACGCAACAAGAGUCGCAGUGUAUCGUCGUCGUCUUCAGUCGGAGGUACGUCCGACGCCUCGUCGGCAACCUCGGCUUCUCUCCUCAGGUGAGCAGCAGGCUCCUUCUCCGUUUCCCCACCCGAGCUCGUGCGGCCGGUAGCUAAGUUUUGCGCUUGCCCCGUACCACGCUGUACGGUCCACGGCCCACAGUGCAUCUUCAAGAGGAGGCAAGGUCAAGGCUUCGGACCUGACAGCUUCUUUCGCCGGUUCGGCCUCGCCCAACUCCCGCCUGUUGUCGCUCGAGAACGAUCGAAGCGGGGGUGGGGCCUCCCUGUCGCGCUCCCUCUCGAAUGAGUCCAACGGCGGUGCCGGUGCCGCCCGUUUGCCCAAACCCGCCGUGGCCUCUGAGUCCGAAGAAGAAGAGAGCGCAUCCGAACACAACUCGGAGGAAAGCGAGGAGGAUGCACCCAAGCGAGGCGCCGCUCUCCGGGGCAAGACCACCUUCGUCUCGGCCAAGUCCAACAAUAUCAAGCGUAGUACCAGCAAGGCUGGCAACGAGAAUGAAGACGACUAUGCAGAGGAGGUUUCGACCGAUGACGAGUACGCUCACUCGGUCAAAGGCGCUCCCGUUGCCGCCGGGACCAACUCGUACGACUCUGACGAUUCGGAUGCCUCGCCAAAGCGAGCCGCUGAACCACAGAAGCGAGGCCCGAGUCAACGCAACAAGGUCAAUCCCAGUGAGGCCAAGAAGCCGGCAAAACGACAGAACAUGAGUCGUGCGGCCAAGCUGGCGACCGAAGCGAUGGAGAAAGACGUCAAGUUGCGCCCCAAGCUCGGCAAACCGCUUUCCUCGUUGACUUCGGACGAUGUUGCGCUCCAGGAGUCAGAUAUCAAGGAGGUUAGUCACCCCACAUAAUUGCGUGUAGCCUCGUAUUAUGUUCGAGGUACUGAACUUGAUAUGUUGGGCUUUCAGGAUAUCGCAACCGUCUGGAAAGCGAUGCAUCUGUUCAUGUCCAGCCGCAUGAUCGAAGCAGAAGUGGGUCUGGGGGCUUCGCGCUGCUCGAGCCCGAGCUACUUAAGAUUGCUUGCUGACCGUCUACACGAACACAGGACAUUUGCUUGGCCGCAUGCGACAACCGUUUGUACUACGCCGUCGGAUAUGCGCUCAUUCAAUCAAUCAAGUCUCUCGCCACCUUUGAGCCUGAAGAUCUUGAAGCUGCGAUCUCUUGCUGCAAGGUACGUCCGGGGCUCUCGGUCCGAGUUGCCUUACAUCCUGUACACCCUCUUUCGCACCCUGACCAGAUAUUUAACUGCUUCUCGGACUGCAGGAUUCGAUCCUUAUUGCCCAACUGCUGCGCAAGAAGGACCACGGCCUGUUCGAGAAUGUCGGCCGCCUCGCCAAGGGUUCGACCUCGGUCAGCUCCAUCAAGGCCAUGACGCCUGUACAGCGACACGCGGAGCUUGUCUUCAGUGAAUGCACGUUGUUGAAGGCGAGUAUCGUCAAUUUGAACUCCCCAUGUCGUUGGUAUCGAUCCUAAUGAUUGCGUGCCGCUUUACAACGACAGGCCGUCCUGGGUAUCAUCUACUCGGGCGACUUUGUCGCAUGUAAGUUAGGCAGUCUUUGCGUCACUCGUUAUGCUAGCUGUUGACACCACUCGAGCGUGAUCGCAAAACCACAGUCCUCAAGGAAGCCCUGAAUAUGCGUAACGCCUAUGCCAUCUACCGAACCCUGGCGGCCUACGUGGAGGCGAUGGACCAGUCCGCCGGCGGCCACGACGAUUCCAUCGACGAGGAUUUCCGAUCCGGCGUCUACCUCGGCAACGGUUUGAUCUCGCUCAUCCUCUCGCUCUUGCCGAGUGCCGUGCUCAAGAUCAUGACCGUGUUCGGCUUCACGGGUGACCGCGAGUAUGCGCUCAAGACGCUCAUGCUCGGUGGUCGAUGGAAGCCUCGCACGGCCGAGCCGGGGAUGCCGCCUGAGCAAGAAGGAAUCCGUCGCCCCAUUUGCGACAUGGUCCUGCUGAUGCACCACUUGGUCAUUGCCAACUAUCUUCCCGUGGGUGGCGUUGACGUCCCGACUGCAGCGCACAUUCUCCACUACAACCUUGACCGGUACCCGAACGGCAUCUUCUUCCUCUACUUUGCCGGUCGGCUUCAUUCCACCGAGACGCAGCUCGAGUCGGCGGUCAAAUCUUUUCACUUGGCCAUCGCGGCGCAGCGAGAGUACAUUCAACUGGGUCACAUCUGCUACUGGGACCUUGGACUUGUCUCCCUCGCGAGUGGAGACUGGAUCAAGGGUUACGAAUGCUUCAACAUCCUCGACAAGGAAUCGAACUGGUCCAAGGCCAUCUACGCCUAUGCCAAGGUGAGCCUCCGUCUGAUUGCCUCGUGGUAGUGCCGGCACUGACGCAUCAGAAUUCCCCUGUGUCGUAGGCGACGUCGAUUUACGAAGAGGGGCAAGAUAUUGCCAAGGCGAGCAAGAUCAUGAAGGGCGUCCCUGACCUGAUGCAACGCAUCGCCGGCAAAAGUAUCCCUCUCGAGGUCAGUCUAGCGGCGAGGAUAACUAUUUGCGUAGUUGCCCCUCACCUAGCGCGCUACCCAAACGAUCCUCCAGAAAUUCGUUGCUCGUCGUUCUCGCAAGUAUGUCGCACAAGGUAAUCGCCUUUGCUUGCCUGGUAUUGAGCUGGCCUACGUCCUGAACUGCUUGGGUCUUUCGCCUCGGUGAGUGCCCGCUCGUGUCGAGGAGCAAAAGUGCGUCCGUCAACCCGAGACUGACCCUAGACGCGAUAUGAUAGCUUCAACCUCUUCGAGGUCCACCUCGACCAGAUUUCCACCGUGUUGUCCGACCUUCACCAAGUCAAGGACCCUAGUCGAUACGGGAAUGGUGACGAAUUCUGGGAUGGUCAGUCCACUUUUCCGUUCUGAGAGCUCGAACGGAAGGGAUUGCUGAUCCUCUUUCGUGGCGCUAUAGACUACUGCCUUGCGCACCUGCUCCGCGGUAUUGUCUUGCACUUCAUCGCGCACCCUCAACCGCAUGUCGAUCCGCGACCUAGAAAGUCGCAGAUCCCGGUCAAGGAGGCGGACGAGCAGGCGCUCAUCUCGUUCAACAACGUCCUCAAGCACGGGCGCGAUCUGCAACACGACCACCACCUCGUUUGGUUCACCCGUGAGUAGAUGAUCACGUGUCACGUAAAAGCUUGUAGUACUUUCAGGCGCUGACACUUCCUUUUGUCGACAGACUACGAGUUGGGUCGCCUGUACGACUCGAUGGGGCAAUUCUCCAAGGCGCGCGAGCACUUUGAGAAAGUCAUGUCGGGCAAGAACCUCGAGUUGUCGCUCAAGAAGACCAAGGGCAAGGUGUCCCUCCAGGUGAGCUUCGACUCGUACUUUCAAGUUGAGUCACGAGCCGCACCGCUAACGCCCCCUUUCAACGUGCUUCUCCGAACAGAACAUGGCCGUCUUGCGAUCCAACUCGGCGCUGUCGUUGCUCAAAGAGAGGGGUCAUUAA